AUGUCACAUCCCCGUGAGGUAGACGAAGAUUCCGACAUGUCUCUAUCCUACAGCAGAGCACCGGCCAGUCAGCAACAGCUCCCCUCAUUCCGCGAGCUCCUCCCACCACACCUCCACGAUGAAAUCGACUCCUCGACAUUCCGACAAUCCCAGGACCGCCCCUCCUCUGGCCACGAAAUGGCCGACCCACGCUCAAUCCCCUACAACUCGCCAUCCCAAAUGCCCUACGCCGAGUACCCCCGCGAAUACACAACCCGUGAACCACGACCGAUGAGCGACCACCUCUCGGGCUCCCUGCGCGGGCCCAGCCCCAUUCUCCCGCCCAUCCGCGACCUAGGCUCCAUGCCCGAACGCCAGGGUUACCCCGACAGCCGCAUGGCGCCGCGAUCCGACCCCUUCACAGAAUAUCGCGGCGCGCCCAUGCCAGCGCCCAUGCCAGAGCGGCGCGAGCACCACGCCCCUGUCAUGGGCUACGGACAGGGUCCCCCAAUGCCGUACCACGAGGAGCAGGUGAUGAUGAACCAAUCCAGCGCGGCGAAUUUUGGCAUCAUGGGCGAUUCCGUGGAUCCGCGGACGAGGCGUCGGAGGGGGAAUUUACCCAAGCCGGUGACUGAUAUCUUGCGCGCGUGGUUCCAUGAGCAUUUGGAUCAUCCGUAUCCGAGUGAAGAGGAUAAGCAGAUGUUUAUGACGCGGACUGGGUUGUCCAUCAGUCAAAUCAGCAAUUGGUUCAUCAACGCACGCCGGCGCCAACUCCCCGCCCUCCGCAAUCAAAUGCGUAGCGGCGGCGACGAGAGACAGUCCCCUUUUAGCGACGUCGACGACCACCUCCCGUCUCCGCACCACUAG